AUGAGCUUGUCUGUCAACGAGAAUGAGCUGCUGCAAGCGUAUGAGCUGAACUCCAUAAAUCCAACAAAGUGGGAAGACGUGAAACGACAGAACCUUGGCCAUACCGGUGAUCUUGCCUAUUCUCACGGUGAGGAUUGGUCGGACCCGCUAGGCUUGCGAUCCACCUUGCCCACCGCGCGAUCAGAUGAGGCUGAUAUUCUAAGCAAGAUCAACAUAAGCAGCAAGAUGUUCGAUGCGAAAAGUUUUCUCAAUACUGUGCACCCAAAUGCUACCUAUCCUGAGCUGUCUCAGGGAGCUGCUCAUCUUAAGAAGACCAUGGUACAGCGAUCUGAGGCUCUGCGUGUGCUCGUGGACCAAAACUUUGACAGGUUUGUCACCGUGAAAGCUACCAAUGAUAAUGUAUUUCGCGAGAUGAGCGAAUCUGUUGGCAGUCCCUUUGGUGCUGGGCCCGACGAGGGUGUCAAGGCCCUACGGGCUUCGUUGGCAGGUGCCAGUGCACAGGCCAAUGACGUAUUCCGCCCUAUCCUUGAAAACUACGCUAAAUCUUCUAAGCUACGUAAUACGCUCGGCGUGUUUCAAAGAUCACACUUUUUCUUUAAUCUGCCGGGGUCGCUUCAUGAAAGUGUCGAGGCAGGGAACUACGAAGUCGCGCUGCGAGACUACCUCAAAGGCAAGUACCUGCUUGAAAAUCGCCCGGGCCAAAUCUUGCCAAUUCAAAACGAAUCCAACGAGCCUCCCACAGAGAGCCAGCUAGCUCAGCAGCGGCGUAUCUUUGCGCGGGUAUGGGAUGCGGUCGAUGACAUUAUGUACGAUAUGCAAGGCAAACUCGUGGACAUUCUGCGGGAGCCUCACCGAAGUGUGGAAGAGCAGGAGAAAUGUUUCGAAGUGCUCCUUUGUCUAGAUCCAUCCACGGAUCCUGUCGCCAUCUUUCUCGAGUCUCAGCAUGCGCAUAUAUUGACGCUUUUGCGCUCGACAAUCGAACAUCAGACUCGUGCUAUCCAGCCUCAUAUCACAUCAUCACCUACGGAGUAUUCUGACCUUGAGCGUGCGAAAGACUUGCAUGAAUGCUUGGUGUUGGUGCGUACGUCCUAUGGCUCGAGACCCUCCUUCGAGAAAGAAUUGGGCGCCCCUCAUUGGCAGUCCAUUGAAAACAUGGUGUCCGAGCUCUGUCGCGUUACACUGCAGUCUAUGCCUGUAUUUUGGCGUAUUGCUCAAGGCCAUGCAUCCGGAAAAUAUACCAAAGAGGCGGCGAUUUUGUCGUCAUCGAUCCAUACGCAGUCCAAGGCAUGGGCUGUCGAAUGCGUGGCUUUAUUUGUCCAAAGCCUAAGACGCUUCUUCUCAUUGGAGUCGUUCCGACUGCGUGCAUCCAAGCCGCUUAUGGCACAACUCCCGUCAUGGGUGCCUCAUCCUUGCAGCUCUUUAUGUACUACGCAUUACAUGAACAGCAUUUUGAACACGAUCGCUGACGCCGUCAAAGAAUUAAAAGCACUAUCAAUUCCAGGAACAUCCGCACAGCUCCAAGAGCUGCUCCUCGAUGUGCGCUUUCAAUUUACAGAAGUACACUGUUUUCAAUGGCUGCAGGAUGCCUGUGUAUGCCACUAUCUCGAAAAUUGGGUACCCAACUCCCAGCAGCCAUCCAUCACGUCGUACCUGUUUUCGUUCUCUGUUUUCAACCGCUGGAAUGCUCGCGAGGGCUUUUAUCUUGGUGAUGUACGUUCCAAGCAGGGCACGACAAAAGAUGACGUGGACAACUUAUUCGUGUCGCGGCUCAAGGAUACCUUUGUGCAGGUGCUUCACACGUUUUUGGAAGGAUUGGUACGCGCCGCUCAAUCUGAGCAUGACGUGCCUGAACUCCGCACACUAAUGCGAAAGUAUCACGAGGCAUACACCACGCAGCCGCGUGAUCGCGAUACGCGUAUUUUGUUGAGCAUUUCGAAUCUUUCGCACCUUCGUUCCCAUGUGAUUGGCGCCUGGAUCAAGCAGUUUGAAGACGCCUACCAUGUCAAGCUCACUACGGAACAAACUCGACUCCUCGAUACCUGCACCCGAAUUGACAAUGAGCUGCUUUCUGACUCGGUGCGAAGGAAGGGUCAGUGUGUCCAAGAGAUUGUUCGUCAAGGUAUACUGGAAAGUGGCAUGAAAUGGGAUCAGUGCCCGCAUCCAUCGAACGUCAGCCCCUUUGUGUAUCAAGCUCUUCUUCAACUUGUGCAAGUGCAUGCCCAGAUUCGCGCCACUGUGCCAUCGUUGGUAUCUCGUGUCAUUGCGGCCCUUGUCGAAAUCAUGGCGGAUGCCAUCCUAGAUGCCUAUUGCCGGAUUCCUGCAUUUAAUACAGGUGGUAUGCUUCAGGCCACGCUGGAAAUUGAGUUUGUCCACCAAACGAUGUCGUUCCACGUAUCUCCCAAGGCAGAAAGCACGCUAAAACACGUCUACGACACCAUCAGCCAGCGCUACUCCGCAUCUGCGCAGGGGCAAAAACCAGCUGACAUGAAGAAAGACCUCGAAAGUGUGAAGCACACUCUGAUUGCCAGCCGGAAGGCUACUGCCCUGGCGUUUUUGUGCUUCCGACGACCCAAGACCACCGGCACAUAA